AGGGCUUUCUGAUUCACCCAUCGCGGUGGUUUGCUAGCAAACAUAAAACUGAAACGUUUAAGAUCUUUAGACCAAUCAAAUAUUGUGUAUAUUAAUCUUAGUGUUUAGAACAUCAUACUGUUUACCUAUCUACUCGUUCAUUUAAACGCAAUUUGCUUGUUAAAUUAGCAAAUGUGUUACAUUGGUUCUGCACUAGGCUAAUCUCCCGGAGCAUUUUUUAUUUAUUUCACCUUUAUUUAACCAGGUAGACUAGUUGAGAACAAGUUCUCUUUACAACUGCGAACUGGCAUGAGCUCACUAAACCUGAAGGAGAAAGAAGCUCCGAUGAAAGGAGAGGAAGAAGCUUUCAGGAUGAAAAAGGAGGAAGAGGAGGCUAUCACAUUGAAAGAAGAGGAUGAUAUUACAGUGAAAGAGGAAGAUGGGAAAGAGGUUGUCAGCGUGGAGGAGGAGGAGGUAGAAGCUUUCAGAAUCAAAGAGGAGGAAGAUGCCAUAACAUUGAAAGAAGAGAAUGUAGAGAAAGAAGAGGAAGACCCUUUUAGAGCAAAAGAGGAAGAGGAGGCUAUCUCAAUAAAACAGGAGGAAGAAAACGUUUUGGGAGUGAAAGAGGAGGAGACUGAAGAUCCGAUUAACACCAGAGAGAGACAUGACUAUGGUGGAUCCUCUGGGGAGCCUCAACAACAUCCUGAUGCUGACGAGGAAGAGAAGAGUCUCUCCAGAUCAGAACACCAGAUGGACAACGCUAGCCCUUCCUCCCUCCCGGAGUCCCCGUGUCGUGCCUCUCCCGGUAGCACCUUACUGCUGGGUAUGAAGAGGUUGUCUGUGCUGCUGGUGGACUGCAGGAAAACAACGGGGCUGAGUGGAACUGUGAGAAGAGGAGAAGAGAAGAAAGGAUCAGAUUUGACUCAUCAAAGUAAGUGCUGUAGUUUAGUUUGAACAAAUACAAUAGAUCUGCCCACCGGUAUCUGUUACCAGGACAACCAGCAGAGUUCUGUUAGUUGACAGGAAGAUAGACUGGUGUAUAUGGAUGUUAUGAAUAUCAUAACACUGAAAAAGGAUUCUGCCAAUGAAAAGAGAGAAACCAAUUGACCAUAUAAAA